GAUCUGCUAUAGUGACCACGAAAAUUAUUGAACAGCUUUCACAUCUUCUUCAGUCACAUAGAACUCUCUCUACAUUGCAAAUCUAUCACAUGAACACCAAAUAAAAUGCUCACAAACAUGUCAAUUAACUAACCAAUCCUUACCCUCAACAUUGUACAAACUGUCUUUUAAAAAAAAGAUUUAUAUAAGCUUACAGUGAUGAUGACAAUGGCUUUACAACUUCAUCAUUUUCCAUUACUUUAUUCAUCUUCUUCAUAUUCUGUAGAUACCCGUUUCCAUUUUGGAUACUAUAAUCAUCAAAAACUAUGUUCAAGAACAAGAUUGAGUAGUUUGUGCUUACAUGGUAACAGUAAUGGAAGGUGGAGAAGGAAGAGGAAGAAGAGUGGGUUGUUCGUUGGUAGAGAAGACAUUGAACUGCGCGUCUUAGACGACGAAGAUGAUGAAGAAGAUGAGGAUGAAGAUGAGGAAGAUGCGCCACCUCCUUCACCGGAAGAGCUUCAAUACAUUGAAGAAAUUAAAAGGGUGUUGAAUCUUCUCAAGAAAAAUAGAGACAUGAUGUUUAAUGAGGUUAAGUUGACAAUAGCGAUUGAGGACCCCCGAGAAGUUGAGAGAAGGAGGCUACUUGGCAUCGAAGAUCUUGAUGCCCCCACCAGAGAGGACUUGGCUGAAGCUCUAGAACAAGUGAAUGAAGGUAAAGUCCCGAGAAAUCGUGUUGCACUAAAAAUGCUAGCAGAGGAAAUGACGGUUUGGCCUAAUUUAGAGGUUGAAAUAAAAAAGACCAAGCCAAAGAAAUCCCUAUAUGCAAAAGUAACCGACAUUGGUGUAGAUCCUCGAGAAGCUGCUAAAAGAUUGAACGUCGAUUGGGACUCAGCUGCAGAGAUUGAAGAGGUUGACAAAAGCAAUGAAACGGAAGUGCCUGCAGUUUUGGGUUAUGGAGCGUUAUACUUGGUGUCGGCUUUCCCGGUUAUCAUCGGUAUUUCAGUAGUAUUAAUUUUAUUCUAUAAUUCUCUUCAGUAGUGUGAAUAUCAUGUAGAUGAACUAAUGUGAAAAGAGAAAUGUAUAUGUUUGCUUGAGCCAAUGUUAUGACAAGUCUCUACAAUGGUUUCUUCUUUAUGCAA